UCACUACGAAGAUAGGUGUCGCGAGAGGCCGCCGGACGCUGGCUCAGGAAGAGGCUGGUCUGAAGAAGACGUGGUGAACCCAGCUGAGUCUGAGAGACCUGUACCCUGUGAGGAGUUGAUCAUGAUGCUGCUUCGGUCUCUAGCAUCCCUCUGCAUCCUGGCUGCUGUUGCCUUUGCAGUCCCUGCUCAAGAGAAGCGCAUCCACCACCACGCUGAUCUGAGCGACCACGCCCACGACGAUGCUCAUGGCUUCCAGUACGACCACGAGGCCUUCCUGGGCAAGGAGGAGGCCAAGACCUUCGACCAGCUGACCCCUGAGGAGAGCAAGGACAGACUAGCGAAGAUCGUGGACCGCAUUGACACCAACAAGGACGGCUACGUUAGCCACACAGAGCUGCACUACUGGAUCAAACACCGGCAGAGGAGGUACAUCGAGGAGAACGUCAACAAGCACUGGAACGACUACGACAAGAACCAGGAUGGCAAGAUCGCCUGGGAGGAGUACAAAAACACCACCUACGGCUUCUACCUGGAUGAGGAGUUUGAUGACAUCGAAGACAAGGCCACCUACAAGGCCAUGCUCACCCGGGACGAGCGCCGCUUCAAGAACGCUGACCGAGACCGCGACGGCAUCGCCACCCGAGAGGAGUUCACUGCCUUCCUGCACCCCGAGGAGUUUGACUACAUGAGGGAUGUGGUUGUGCAGGAAACUGUGGAGGACAUUGAUAAGAACGGAGAUGGAAAGAUCAACAUGGAUGAAUACAUUGGUGACAUGUACUCACCUGAGAGUGGGGAGCGUGAGCCUGACUGGGUCCAGACGGAGAGGAAACACUUCUCAGACUUCAGAGACGCCAACAAGGACGGGUACCUGGAUGGUGAUGAGGUGGCCCACUGGAUUUUGCCAGGAGAGGUCGACCAUGCUGACAACGAAGCCAAACAUUUGAUUCACGAGACGGACACUGACAAGGACGGUCGUCUCACUCUGUCUGAGAUGCUGGACAAGAUGGACUUCAUCAAGAUCAGCACCAUCACUGACUAUGGAAGCAUGAGGGUGGACGGCCAUGAUGAACUGUGAACAAUCUACUGCUGCACCAGAGGAGUCUUUGUCCGGGUUAGAGUGAAUGUGAUCUGAAGUAGCCAACAACAGCAGCCCAGACUCAAAGAGGCGCUGCAAAGCUGCUGAGGGGACUUCAAGCUACAGACGCAGCAACUAGUUUGUCUGACACUGGACUUAAUCUGAAGACGCACACAAUAAAAAACCAACCAGACCUGA